AGUCCGCUCUUCCCCCGCCCUCUCGGCGAUCACGUGACCUAGCAUUUCUCAGCCACUUGCUUUGAGCUUCCGGGGAAGAACCGGAUUGCGAGGGAACUAAGCGGGAGGGUGGGCCAGGCAGGCAGCAGCAGCGGUAACGGUACGGAGAUAUGUCUACCAACAAUGUCGGUUACAAUGAGCAGGCCGGGGAUGCGCAGCCUGAGGUGGGUCAGGAAGCGGCGCUCACCACAGCCUCUUCUGUCCCGGCGGCCUUCGGGCUCUUCAGUAGCGACACCAAGAAAAAUGAAGAUCUGAAGCAGAUGUUGGAAAGCAGCAAAGAUUCGGCUAAACUGGAUGCUAUGAAGAGAAUUGUUGGGAUGAUUGCCAGAGGGAAAAACGCAUCUGAACUGUUUCCUUCUGUAGUGAAGAAUGUCGCAAGUAAAAAUAUUGAGAUUAAAAAACUUGUGUAUGUUUACCUGAUGCGCUAUGCAGAGGAUCAGCAGGACCUGGCAUUGCUGUCAAUUAGCACCUUUCAGCGUGCUCUGAAAGAUCCUAAUCAGUUAAUCCGUGCAAGUGCUUUGAGAGUUCUGUCCAGCAUCAGAGUGCCAAUUAUUGUUCCGAUUAUGAUGCUGGCUAUCAAAGAAGCAUCAGCUGAUUUAUCACCUUAUGUUAGAAAAAAUGCCGCCCAUGCAAUCCAAAAGCUUUACAGCCUUGAUCCGGAGCAAAAAGAAUUGUUAAUUGAAGUGAUAGAGAAACUUCUGAAAGACAAGAGCACACUUGUAGCAGGAAGUGUUGUGAUGGCAUUUGAAGAAGUCUGUCCAGACAGGAUAGAUCUGAUUCACAAGAACUACCGAAAGCUCUGUAAUCUGUUGGUUGAUGUGGAGGAAUGGGGACAAGUUGUCAUUAUCCACAUGCUGACUCGAUAUGCACGUAUGCAGUUUGUGAGCCCUUGGAAAGAGGAAGAAACUCUGGAAGAAUAUAGUGAAAAGAAUUUCUAUGGAUCUGAUGAUGAGCAGAAAGAGAAAAAUCAGACAGUGAACAAGCCCUAUUCUAUGGAUCCAGACCACCGAUUGCUUAUACGAAAUACAAAGUCUUUACUACAAAGCCGGAAUGCUGCUGUGGUAAUGGCAGUUGCACAACUUUAUUGGCAUGUGGCACCCAAAUCUGAAGCUGGCAUUGUUGCUAAAUCGUUAGUACGUUUACUUCGCAGUAACAGGGAGGUGCAGUACAUUGUUCUCCAGAAUAUAGCAACAAUGUCUAUCCAGCGCAAGGGCAUGUUUGAGCCUUACUUGAAGAGUUUCUAUGUUAGGUCAACUGAUCCAACUAUGAUCAAGACAUUAAAGCUUGAAAUCUUAACUAACUUAGCAAAUGAGGCCAACAUAUCGACUCUUCUCAGAGAAUUUCAGACCUAUGUGAAAAGCCAGGAUAAACAAUUUGCUGCAGCUACAAUUCAGGCAAUAGGCAGAUGUGCAACCAACAUCUUGGAAGUGACUGACACAUGUCUUAAUGGCCUAGUGUGUUUGCUGUCUAACAGGGAUGAAAUAGUGGUUGCUGAAAGUGUUGUAGUCAUUAAGAAACUGCUGCAGACACAGCUAGCGCACCAUAGUGAAAUAAUCAAGCACAUGGUCAAACUCUUGGACAGCAUUACUGUUCCUGUGGGAAGGGCCAGCAUUCUUUGGCUUACUGGAGAAUACUGUGAACAAGUUCCAAAAAUAGCCCCUGAUGUUCUAAGAAAAUUAGCCAAGAGCUUCACUGAUGAAGAUGACCUUGUAAAGCUGCAAAUUUUAAAUCUUGGAGCUAAAUUAUAUUUAACCAACUCAAAACAGACAAAAUUGCUUACCCAGUACAUAUUAAAUCUCGGCAAGUAUGAUCAAAGCUACGACAUCAGAGACCGUACAAGAUUUAUUAGGCAGCUCAUUGUUCCAAACGAGAAGAGCGGAGCUUUAAGCAAAUAUGCCAAAAAAAUAUUUCUGGCACAGAAGCCUGCCCCGCUGCUCGAGUCUCCUUUUAAAGAUAGGGAGCACUUCCAGCUUGGUACUUUGUCUCAUACUUUGAACAUGAAAGCCAAUGGCUAUAUGGAGUUGUCUAAUUGGCCAGAGAUUGCACCUGACCCUUCAGUGAGAAAUGUAGAAGUAAUCGAGUCGGCAAAAGAAUGGACUUCAGUAUUAGGAAAGGCGAAGAAAAAGAAGCCUAUUGUUGAAAGUUUCUACUCUGAGUCAGAAGAGGAGGACGAUGAUGAGGACAGUGAUGAUUCUUCUAGCAGUAGUGACAGUGAGAAUGAAUCUGAUAGUGAACAAGAAAAGAAGAAAGGGAAAGGAGACAGCAGUGUGCAAAGCAGUGAGAGUUCUUCUACCGAAGAUGACAGUAUUAAGAAAUCAAAGGCCAAAAGUCGGGUCACAAAAAAAGAGACCACAGUUUUAAAGAGUGACUUCGAUGGCACAAAAGAAAACAAAGUGGAAUCUUGCAAAGCACUAGCUUCUUCAAACUCAGAAUCUAGUUUGGUUGAGGAAAGUUCUUCAGACUCCAGCUCAGAAACUGACUCUGAAAAUAAUGUGGAGACUAGAAAAAGAGUGUAUGCUUCUCCUUCUCUGAAGAAAGAAGAGAAAUCUUUGCAAGAGAAGAGAGCUCCUGCUAAACAAGAUGUGUCACUCUUAGAUUUGGAUGACUUCAGCCCUGUAUCAACUCCCACAUCAUUUCCCAAGCCAACUGUUCUUUCUUCUACUUUACCUGCUGACCUAGAAGGUUUAAGUUUAUCAAAUUCUUCAGUCAUUGAUGUCAGUGCUCCAGUCUUUGUGCCAACAAGAACUCAUGAACUCCUUCACAGAAUGAGUGGAAAAGGAUUAGCAGCUGAUUAUCACUUUUCAAGACAGCCAUGCAUUUAUAAUGAUCAAAUGGUAUCUGUCCAAGUAACAUUAACUAACACCACCGACAAGAAGAUAGAGAAUAUCCAUCUAGGCGAAAGAAAGCUGCCUAUUGGCAUGAGAGUGCACAUCUUUAACCCAAUAGAAUCUCUUGAACCUGGGAAAUCUAUUACAGCCUCAAUGGGGAUUGACUUCUGUGAUUCUACCCAGGCUGCCACAUUCCAGUUGUGUACAAAGGAUGAUCAGUUCAAUAUUAAUAUUCAACCCCCUGUUGGAGAGCUCCUUUUACCAGUUACCAUGUCAGAAAAGGACUUUAAGAGGGAACGAGGAAGGUUGACUGGUAUGAAUGAAACAUCCACUACAGCCGCUAUUGCACCACAGAACUCCACUCGCCUUGUAAUAAUACAUAAGUUGGUAAGCGUAGCAAACCUUGGCGUGGUUCCUUCUGGUGAAGACAACAUUCACAGGUUUGCAGCUAAAACUGUGCAUAGUGGGUCAUUGAUGCUAGUCACAGUGGAGCUGGAGGAAGGAUCUACAGCACAGCUCAUCAUAAACACUGAGAAAACUGUGAUUGGCUCUAUUCUACUGCGGGAGCUGAAGCCUGUCCUGUCCCAGGGGUAACCUGCUUACAUCUGGACUUCAGAAUCUGGCACACAACAAAAGUGCCUGGCAUCCACUACUGCUGCCUUUCAUUUACAAUAAUAGCCUUUCCAUCUGGCAGUGGGGGAAGAAUACACUCUUGACAUUCUUGUCUCCUGUUUUAGAAUGCUAUAGUGUGCAUCUAUCACACCAGCAAGUACUUCACAUUCCCCCCCCUCCUGGUUUUCUAACCAAAGCAAUACGCAUUUUACUGUCAGCUAAGUUCUUAAAUGUUAUUUACAUGGUUUCUCCCUAGCCUGAUGCUCUGUUUUCCUCCUAAUUCUUAUGUUUUUCCUCCUCUCUAUGAAAACAGGAAAAGACUGAGGAAAAGGGUACUGAGAUAAACCAGAUUAAUCAGUACACUAAAAUAAAAUUUAAGGAAAUCAAUAUGAAAAACUACUUCAUGCAGGUUCACAGUAUUGUACGUACUGGGGUAUUUGAGAUAUAAAAUUUUCAUCUGUAUUUGAGCAUAUGCUUGUAUCUAAUUGUUCCUCACAGCUGCCAUAAUUUUUUAAAAAUUUAGAUUCUAAUAAAGUCAUGUUAUGAUAAAUUUGCUUUGUUCUGAGACCUAUUAAAAACAAAAUCUCUAUUGAAAUUUGA